UCUGAAAACACCCUGUCUAUUGUUUACUGCAAGUUUUUGUAAAACAUUUGUAUAACUGAAAAUACUUUUGAAUGUAUACCUUAUUCUUAAAUGCAAGAAUUUUUAAAAUAAAUUCGAAACGACCUUGCCGUUGAAGAAUUCUUAAAGAAUUUGUAAUAAAAAAUUACGUAACGGGACAGGUACAAAUGUUCGCAGAUAUUUGUACAAGUGGUAAACGCAAUUUCAUAAGAAUUUUUGGAUAUGUGAUGAGUAAUGUUUUAAAUCUAAGGAAUUGCAACUGUGGGGUUGCUUUCCGGGUCAUUUUCUUUGCGAGGUUUUGGUGAAGUCUACCUUGUGAUGAAUGUUUAAUAUUUUUAAUGAAGAAAUUAUUUGAGAGAAGAGGGAAUGUUAGAUGUUUAAUUUUCAGUGUUUCGGGUUGGGACAGUCUAACCCCUCUGUAAACAGGAGAGUUCAUUACCGAUAACUUCUGGGCCAGCCGAUGCAACAAUUUUAUUGAACUAUAUUAAAUGACAUUUACGCCCAUUAGGUGAAACCUGAAAGAAAUAAAGUAAUAUCUAGGUACCUAUUACGUCUGAGAACAAUACAAUAUGUUUCAACUAGAAAAAAAAAUCGAUAAUCGAAAUGUAUUAACGCCUCCAUUCCACUCCAAAAAGCGCCCGAGUCAAAACGAUAGAGAUAUUGACGUUAAUCGUAAAAAUUCAAACUGGUCGACAUAGCUCAAAAACUAAAGAAAAUAGCGCUUCCUAGUUUUCACUUUUCUUACGUAGCCCGCAUAAAGAUUCACGAGCUGGAACCAUUCGAACGUUCAGUAUCAAUUCCAAGUAAAAAUUAAUCAACUAACACUAGCCCUUUAAAAUAGCUACAACUUUCUAUAAAAAGCACGAACAGAGGGUAGCGGAGUGUGGAGUGUUUCAUGAACGACUAUCUGAAGAUAUGUUGCAUACUAUACUUCUUGAUUCUUUUGGAUACAAUUUUUAAAAACAGCUUGAAUACAAUCACGUGACGUGAACAUCAGAACUGACAAAGCCGUUGAUCGCUUCCAACCUGUGUCUAAAAUACUAGAAACGUUGACAGUGUGUUUAAGUGAAUCAGCUUGUCUCUAAGUAACCAAAACGAGACUCACCAUAUAGUAUCGUGGCCUUUUAUGAUUUAAUCUCAUUCAAUAUUAAAACAGUGAAAACUUUACGAUUUGACUUGUGAUCGGACUGCCGCAUUAAUUAUGCAGACACAAUAGACUGGCGUAAUGAGCUUUGUAUGGGGUCGUAAAACGGUCUCCAAAAUGCUGCGUUUUCAGGCAGUCGGGGUGCGCCGCUCUUAAACAAACGCCCGAUAGCUCAAAAUACAAUCCGACUGAAUAUUCCGCAAUGAAUCCGAUCGGGUGCAAAUUGACGUCGCUCCUCGCCCCAUUUGCUUUCGCUAUUGCAGUUUUGGCGGAAGAGAGUUUUAGUCACCAAAGGUUCGAACUGAUCGACGCCAAAAACUUCGAACUACUAAUUCAGGACAUAAUGUUGAAAACAUUGGUUCCAUACCAGUGUGUAACGAUCAUUACUGAUAAAAUAUACGACGACGUUUUUCAACCAACUUGGUAUGAAAGAUUCCACGGACUCAUAUCAUUUUUUAAGAUACAAUUUUACGAUGAAGACAACGAAUUCCUCUUCCAAAAUGGGACCGAGCAAUCGCUGACCAUGGCGAAAAACGACGGUUGCCAGAUGUACGUCAUUUUGGUGGCAGACGGGGAACAAGUAGCUGAACUGUUGAAAUUUGGAGAUAGAGGGCGGUUAUUCGACACCAAAUCCAAGUACGUCUUAUUGUACAAUACCCAGCUCUUCGAGAAACAUUUGUUUUACAUAUGGGGCAGACUAAUAAAUGUCGUGUUUAUUCGAAGAAACAAACCCAAGAAACCUGGGAAUGGCUCUAAAAAAAGCCCGUGGUACGAACUUUCGACCGUGCCCUUUCCGUUUUAUUUCAAGGACGUCCUCGUACCUAUCCGUCUGGAUAUAUGGGCCCAGUCAAAAUUUAGAAAAGCCGCCGAACUGUUUAAAGACAAAACAUUCGAUUUAAAGAAUCAAACGUUAAAAGUGACAGCUUUGGCCCACAUACCGGGCACUCUCAAAAUUUCAGGAGACGACAUCGGAAUGAAAGCAGCCAACCGGGCGACGUUUCGAACGAGUUCGCCUUCUGACACUAAUGCAUCGUUUCGAGGAACGGAAAUAGAAAUCGUUGAGGCAAUCUCGAACGCGAUGAACUUUCGAUGCGCCUUAUACGAACCUUCGGAAAUGGCCACGGAUGGGGACGUCGGGGGAAAUUUCACAGGAUUGCUGGGUGAGAUGACGUCUGCAGUCGCGGAUAUCGCGCUGGGCGACCUUUACUACAUCCCCUACGUGCUCGACUACAUGGAUUUAAGCGUCCCGUACUAUACCCAGUGUCUUACCUUCCUGACGCCUGAGUCGUCAACGGACAUUUCAUGGAAGACACUCGUCUUGCCAUUUUCCGGCGUUAUGUGGGCUACAGUCCUGGUCUGUCUUCUGCUGAUUAGCUACGUGUUCCACGCAUUGGCCGGAUUCCACGUGCAUAUAAACAAAGUUAAAGAGAAGUGCCGGAAAAACGGCAAAGUGCCAAACAACGUGAGAAAAACACCCAUAAAUUUUGCGCUGGAACCCCAGAUAUUUAAAUUCGGCAUCGAUACCAAGUACACCCUUAUGAUGGAACAAUACCAACCUGUCAAAGAGGAAAACGAGCCGGAAGGCUUGUAUCAAUUUUCGGAGCCGGUGAACAGCGUUCUGUACACCUACAGCAUGCUGCUACUUGUGUCCCUGCCGAAAUUGCCUACUGGCUGGUCGUUGCGAAUGCUAACCGGUUGGUACUGGCUUUACUGCUUGCUCCUGGUGGUAGCCUAUCGCGCCAGUAUGACUGCAAUCCUGUCUAGGCCGGCUCCACGUGUUACGAUAGACACCCUUGAUCAAUUGACCACUAAUAAGCUGAGGUACGGGUGCUGGAGUGAAAUAAACCGAAUUUUCUUUAAGUCGUCUUCUGAUUCUGUACUGCGAGUUAUAGGUGAACAGUUCGAGCUGGUGGCGAGUUCAGAUGAAGCAGUAGACAAAGUGUCACAUGGAAACUUUGCCUUCUACGAAAAUAUUUACUUUCUCAAGGAGGCUCUGGCCAAAAGACAACAAAGGUACCAAGAAGCAGUUCUCGGAAAUAAAACCAACCAAAGUAGAAACGCCAUCGAUGAUGUCAUAAAAUCUGUUAGAAACUUACAUAUAAUGAGAAAUUGUGUAUUCAAUCUGCCCGUAUCGAUAGGUCUGCAAAAAAACUCGCCGAUUAAAUUCCGUGUGGACAAACUCGUUAGGCGGGUCGUUGAGGCGGGGUUGAUUGAAAAGUGGGUGAUCGACGUUAUGCAAGAGGUGAUGAAUGGGAACGUACAAGACGACGAUAUGAAAAACGCCAAAGCGCUGAUGAAUUUGAAAAAGUUUUCAGGGGCACUGGUCGUCCUUGGAGUAGGGUGCAUUUUUAGUUCUUUCACUUUGCUUGCGGAAUUGAUCUACCACCGUUAUGUCAUAGAGAGAAAUCCCCAUUACAAUAAGUAUUCCAAAACAAUUGUCGCAGUUAAAAAGGCACACUAAUUAUACGCACGGAAUAUAACGCAUAACUUGUUAAAUAAAGAUAUAUAUUUCAUUGCGCUUCGUUAUUAUUAUAAUAAUAAUUAUUAUUAUUAUUAUCAUUAUUAUUAAUAUUAUUAUUUGUUUCGUUAUUAAAAUAGAAGCCAUUUAACUCCUCACACUAUGUAUAUAUGGCGAGCUUUAACAGCUUUUAGAGCCGUAUUCCGCAUCCUAAUGGGGGCUAAACACAUGCAGGCAAGUCCGCGCGCAAGUGUGUCCAGGUAAGUCUGCGAGCACACACUAUUCAGGUAAUCCUCGAGGUUCACCAGUUGGUGGAGCCUGCUAUUUUUCAUUUUAUGGAUAGCUCUUGUCCACUUACAAAACAGGUAAAGACAUAGGCCAACAGCAAGAGAUUUUCAUUUACUGAGCUGGUGUCAGGGUAUCAAUCGAUUAGUCUAUCCCCGUUGUCAUUAGCUUCUUCUUCUCCAUAGGGCCCUUCUAUUGAAUCAUUCAAUUUUCGUCCUGUACAUGCAUUGAUAUCUCCUAAUUUCCUUGCGUGCAUUUAUUUAUUCGAGAAUUUGGCUCAAACUGCGCUCGUAGACCUCUUUUAUUGCAUUGGUUUCGUCAUCUGUCAGAGCAUAUUAUCUAUAAUUCGACAUACAUGAUCCUUUUGUUGACUGACUCCCACCAUUUAUAUAUAAAAUAUUCUUUUUUGGUUAUUUAUUUAUUGGUCAAGAAACACCAGCUUUAAUCCUUUUGUUUUUCUCUAUAUCGCUGUAUAAAUGAAUAUAAUUAUCAAGUAUCUCCUUGCCUAUGGUCCUUAUGAAUGCAAAGAUGUCCUUUUGGAGUUAGUUUACACUACCUAGUACUUCCUUUUUAUUUUGUUUGCUUUUCAGUAAUGUCCUUGAUCCCUCCUGAUUCCGAAGCAUUCUCCUAGGAUUUUUUGCAGUUAGAUUUAUUUACAGAAGACGGGUAGCAAACCCACAGCUCUAAUCCU